CGUUAGUCGAAUAAUACAGCGACCAUGGAUGGGGAUAUUCCCGUCACGAGUACCGAUGCCAGCCGGGAGAUGAGCCGGCUUUGGCGCACCUGGAAGACCGUCCAUGAAAUGCUUGCAGACCGAGGCUACGAGGUGUCAGAAGAAGAGCUGAAGGUCUCUCUCGAAGAGUUCGCGCGGAAAUAUGCAGACCCUAUGGGAUACCCCGACCGGAAAAAGAUGACAAUCCAAGCACGCCCCACCGAGGAGAUGAAGAUGAAAUACACUGCGCUGCCGAGCAAAUCCAACCCGAACCCCCAGCCCGACUGCGGCACUAUCUACGUCGAGUUCUGCCCCGAAGCCUCAGGACUCGGUGCCAAGCAAGUGCGCAGUUUCAACCACGCCGUUGCCGAGAACAACUUCCACACCGGCGUCUUCAUCACUCAGGUUCCGCUAUCGCCCACUGCCGUGCGCAUGCUCAACAUCAACCCCGGCCGCAUCGGCGAGACCUUCCAGGAACAGGAUCUGCUCGUCAACAUCACCCGCCAUGAGCUGGUCCCCAAGCACGUCCUGCUCAGCCCGGAGGAGAAGGCCAAGCUGUUGCAGCGCUACCGUCUGAAGGAGUCGCAGCUGCCCCGUAUGCAAGUCUCGGAUCCUGUCGCGCGGUACUUGGGUCUGCGCCGUGGUCAGGUUGUGAAAAUUAUUCGCAAGAGCGAGACUGCCGGUCGCUAUGCUAGCUACCGGUGGGUGAUCUAA